UUAACGGUGGGAGGGAAUAAUCUUUCAUCGAUCGGAAAUUAAUACUUUGUAUUCAGAAAGCCCCUCAAUAAACUUUAAUUUUUCAAUUCACGAUAACAGAAAAAUUAAAACACAGACGUGGGCUGGCAACCGCUGAAUGAAGAUAAAAGCCACAAUACUUCAGAUACGAGCCAAAACUGCCCGCAAGAAGACAAAAUAUUGAUUGACCAACCAAAGAAAUAAGAAAGAUGGCGAGCCAAAUUAACAACAUUUCCAUACUGACGUGGCUGGUCGCUGUGACAGUUUUUCUUUCUGCAGUUCACCUGACCUCUUCGCUUCCACGCCACAAAGAAAGUGGAAUAGUUACACUCGACACAACUGGUGAUGGAUCCCUGACUUUGAGAUCAAAGCGUUCAUACCGUUCCCAAAGGUUUCAAAAUUGCCGCGACAAAAGAAAUGAUUGCAAAAGGUUGAUCGAUAAGCGUUAUCCAGCCUAUUAUUGCCACAUAUAUAAAGGACAAUGUGAUGUGACAUGUGGAGUUGCCCAGUGCCUUGGUACGGGAAGUUGCAGGGAUCUGAUAUCAGGCUUCGAGUGUUACAGGGCAAAAGUGUGGGCUAAGUGCAGAGAGAGAAGAUAUAAGGAAGGAUGCCUUAAAACAUGCUGUUCUUGCAAACCCUCACACCCAAACUGCAGUUAAUUCAAGCUGGUAGCAGUCAUAAACAUUUUAUGGUCUAACACUGAAUGGAAAGAAGGGAUCAUUUCGACAGCUGAAUAAACAUUCUACGCUUCAGAUGUUCUUCAAUUAUCAGUAUCCUGAAUGGCGGAAUCGCAAUAUGUUAUAUAAGUUUGGUGAUAAAUAAAUAAAAGAGCAAACAAACAAACGAAUAAAUGUAUAAAUACUGAAAUAAAGGUAUAACUACAAAGGUGUACAUUUGUUGAGAGGGGUAAGGGGUAUCGAAUGGUCCCAUUCAAUUUAAAAUUGCUCGCAAAAUUUGGCCUUUGCUCGAAUUGCUCACAAAAAUUAGAUGAUACUCUGCAUAGCAAGCGUUCCUGUAUGAAGAGCUU